GGGUCGAAGUCUGUACACACAACCAACAGAAGGUUACCGAAGAACUCAAACUGACGCGUUCCCACUUCAACACAAGGAUUAAGAAGUUUUUUUUUCUCCAGCUGAUGGCUUCUCUGCUGACAUUUCGGCUUUUUGUUCUGACGGCAUUCCUCCUCAUUCUUGUGCUUGUAAGUGGAGAAGGAAAUGGCCGAACGCUACAGAGACAGAAAAGAGAGUGGUUUCUAGCUCCCAGAAGACUCAAGGAAAACCAGGAUUACACCACCUAUGACUAUAUUGCCAAAAUUCGCUCUGAUAAGGAGAAUUUUACAAGUAUAAUGUAUUCUAUAACUGGACCUGGUGUUGACGAGCCUCCUUUUGGAAGAUUUAGUGUUGACCAAAGGACUGGCUAUGUCAAAGUCCACACUAUUCUGGACCGAGAGGACAUCCCCGUAUAUCAGUUAAAAGGGAUUGCGAAAUUCUUCAAUGGGUCCAGUGCUGAAAAUGAUACUGACCUUGUAAUUAAAGUUGAGGAUGAAAACGACUGCAAACCUGUCAUUAAAAUAGCACAAGUUGGCUUUGUCAACGAAUCCAGUUCAACAGGUACUGUUGUCAUGAAAGUGACAGCUACCGAUGACGAUGAGGAGAACACUCUCAGUUCCGCCAUCUCCUACAGAAUUGAAAGUCAGAGUAACAUAGCUGAGAUGUUCUACAUCAACCCAAAAACUGGAGAGGUCAUUGUUCAAAAGAACACUCUAGAUAGAGAGAAACAAGACAUAUAUAAGUUGAAGAUUAUUGCCUCUGACUUAGAUGGACGACCCGGAGGAAACACUGGAACUGGAGAAAUUGAGAUUAAAAUUCUGGACAUUAAUGACAAUAUUCCAACUCUGGAAAGAGAAUCGUAUGAGGGGAGUGUGGAGGAGAAUAUGGUCAAUGUGGAAGUUUUGAGGAUAAAAGCCAUCGACAUGGAUCUAAUUUACACUGAAAACUGGCAGGCUGUGUACACCAUUGUUUCCGGUAAUGAGGGGGGUCAUUUCACUAUCACCACUGAUUCUAAAACCAAUGAGGGAAUCAUCACCAUUAAUAAGGCCCUGGACUAUGAGGAGGUGAAGAUGCUAAAUUUAGCUGUGAAAGUUUCCAACAAGGCAGAGUACAACUUUGGCAGUGGGGUUGUGGUAGGGACCCCAUCAAAAUCAUACCCCAUCAAAAUUAACGUCAUCAAUCAGAAGGAAGGCCCCCGUUUCCAGCCAAGUGUAAAAGUGGUGACUGUCUCUGAGGACCACACGUCCAUCUUCAUCAACAAAGUCAUUACUACUUAUGCUGCGAUUGACAGUGACACACUAAAGACUGCCACCAACGUGAGGUAUGCAAAGAUCGACGAUAAAGGUAACUGGUUGACUAUUGAUGAGAAGACAGCAGAAAUCAAGUUAAAUACUUUGCCUGACCGAGAGUCCAAGUUCUUGAUCAAUGGAACAUAUUAUGCCAAAAUUAUUUGCGUCACCAAUGAGGCGCCCUCAAAAACAGCGACAGGGACAAUAGCCAUUCAGGUGGAGGACUUCAAUGAUCACUGUCCUGAACUGACCUCCACAACUCAGAGCAUGUGCCUUGAGGAAAAUGCAAUUUAUAUCUCAGCUGUAGACAAAGAUUAUUUUCCUAAUGCAGCACCAUUAGAUUUCACUGUGAUUCAAAAAGGCAGCGAACAGAAGUGGACAGUUGAGCCUUUUAAUGAAACUACAGUCAUUCUGCGAGAUCAAGCCCGCUUGUGGCCAGGCAUCUACAAAGUGGCAUUGGAGAUCAAGGACCAGCAAGGAAAGUCAUGCGCCAAUGUCCAGAUAGUGGAUGUGACGGUGUGCACAUGCCUUCAAAACACUAAAACCUGUGUGGGUCGGAGUAACAAGACUGCAGUUUUUGGAGCAGCUGGUGUUCUGCUUCUACUGCUUGGUCUUCUGCUGCUGCUUUUGGUGCCCCUUCUGCUGCUCUUCUGCCUGUGUGGAGUUGCACCAGGAGACUUCAAGCCUAUUCCUUUUGAUACAAAACAACAACUGAUUGCAUAUCACACAGAGGGGCAGGGAGAAGACAAGGAAGUUCCGCUUCUACAAGUCCCAGUGAUGGUUGAAAGUGGCACACUGAACACCAAAGACAUCAACAACUAUGGGGGGAAGGGAUAUCUUGGAGGUUUGGUUGAAUCAGGAGGAGAAGCCUUAGGUGGUGCUAUUAACAUGAGUACUGUGACAGCUGAGAAUAUGCACCUGUACAACCAAUACGGACAUUUCAGUAGGCAAGAAGGAAUGGAAUUUAUGGAUGGAGGGAUGAUGGCAGGACAAGACAUGGGUUUUUCCCGUUACACCGGCGGGGCCUUCAGUGGGAUGGCUCUGUCUGAUCAUUUCUUGGGGGAGUACUUUUUAACAAAAUCAAACAAUGCUUCACAACAGUCUCAGGAGAAAGACACGCUCCUGGUCUAUGACUAUGAAGGUCAAGAGUCGCUGGCAGGUUCUGUAGGUUGUUGCAGCCUCCUUGAUAAUGAAGAUGACCUUACAUUUCUCAACGACCUUGGGCCAAAAUUCAAAACCCUGGCUGAGAUUUGUCAUGGAUCCACCCUGGAGAGUGAGUCAGGGAUUGGAGGAAUUUCUAAACCCCCAGUUAGGCCGGUAUCUCCAGCCGUGCCGUCCACUUCGACCCACACACAUGCCCAUACACACUCAGAAACAGUCAGGGACAGGGAUCGGGUAAACACCCUCAACACCUCCAAUGUGGCAUCUGGGUCCUCUACGUUUAUCCAAGAGGAGCGAAUCACUAAGAGAUCCCAAGGUUCAGCAGCCACUUCUAAUGUGCAUGUCCAGGACAAAAUAAUCAUUCCUAAUCAGACGCUGCUCAUACAGCAACCCGCCAUGUACUAUGCUGCUACACCCAUGUAUGUAGUGGAAUCAAAGCCCCAGAUGGUGCUUAUGACAGGAGGAGCCCAGCAGGCUGUUGGCCAAAUGGGGCUAAGUCAAGGGAUGGUGCAGGUUGGUGGUCUGCAGCACCCUCAUGGCAUGGUACUUGUUGAAGGGAAGGUCGGAAUGAGUGGAGCAACAGGGCAGGCUGCACAGGGCCUUUCACUAGGAUCUGGCUCCAGGUCCACACAAAUGUUAGUGGCUGAGAAUGGAUCCUCAGGAAGAGAGCAAGGCUUUGUUCAGAUAGAAAAGAGAUCCACAGAGUCUGACUUUGACAUGAGAGGUCAAGGUGUGCAGGUGAAAUCUUUUUCACACGGUUCACACAGUUCUACAGGUUUAAAUGAGGAGUCAACACUGAUAGCUGCACCCAAGUUGCAAGGCAGCCAGAGAGUGGUUGUACAACAUAAAAAAGUCUUGGUCACAGAGAGAGGUUUUGAGUCUUAACACAGGAGCCUAAAUUAACUGCUUUUUUAGAUGCCACACCUUUAAUGAUAUAUAGAGUGAGAUGCACUACAGCACAUCUUUUUGCAAAGAGAUAUAACUUUUUUUUUAAAGUAGGCAUUGCAUGAUGCCUGUCAUGAUAGCUUAGCAAAGGGAAGGACUUGCAAACACAGGGUGAUUUUUUUCAUGUCUUAGCCAAUGAAUGACCAGUUAGGUGCCAUGUGACAGCUUUAAAAGCUCUGCAAUUUUAUUUCAGGUACCAGAGUAAGGAAACACAAUACUAACUUGCUGUUUAUAAUUACCUCCUACUACCCACACAAAAAUAAAAUCACUUACUUUGUUCUAACUAAAGCUAGAAGCGAGAAAGUGCAUAGAGUAAAAAGACAAAAAACAAAGAUAACAAGGAAGACAUGUGACGUCUCUGCCUAACCCAGCUCCCAGCCUGCUAAGCCUCCUUCUGAAGGUUGUACAGUCACCAUAGCACUCAUUUGAAAAACCAAUGUUCCCUUAAUGCAGCUUAAUAAACACAACCAACCCUCCUCAGCAAUGCCUUAAAAAACAAGCAAAACAAAGUACAUGUGCAUUCCUGAAUUGUAUAAUAAAGUGUUAAGUGCCAAAGCUGCAGGCAUUUUGUAUUAUAGCACAAGUUUCCUAUUUCUUACAAGUUUACACUAUUUUGUGCCAUAAUUACUGUCUGUGUUUUCUGUUUUUGUUUUUUGUUGGUGUGUGUGGAUUGCCAGAAUUAUACAAGAUGAGCUUGCAAAGCACUGAAAGGCAUGUUGGUGUGACACUAAUACUGCUGUUAUCAGUAUGAUCAAUAAGUAUUUUCAUAUUUUAUUUGCUGUAAAAUGUUGCUGUGUAGUAGUAAAGCAGCUUUAAAAUUAUGAUAUUUCUGUUUUGUAAGUUUUGCGCCUGCUGUCAUAAUAAAAUCAAACAAUGAGAU